GUAUAGGUCCUGGCAUUAAACGCGCACGAAACGUUAAAGCGUGAACAGUUCAAUAUGAGCAGCCACAACCUGGAAAAGAAAACGGAAAAGCAGCGUUUGAAGCAGCUUAAGAAACUCUCCAAAUCCAAGCAGCAGCAGGAUAAAGUCAAGAAGCAUACGAAGAAGCGUCUCAAGAUGAAAACGCGUAACAUUAGCUUCGACUAUCAGCUGUUCCUAUACCGCCAAGAGCUCCGGCGAGCCAAUACGGACUUCUCCUAUCUGCGUCUGUCCCGUGCGAAGAUCAUGUUGACAGCCGAGCUAAUAGCCAAAAACAUUGGCAGCUAUAAUAAAAUGUGCAGCGUGGAUGAUCUCAAGAUGCUCAGUCGCGAGGUGCAGUUCAAGAAGCGACUGUGCAACCAGGUGGAACGUCUAGAACAAUUCCAGGAACUCGGGCUAACCGAUGUGGUGCUCAAUGGCAAGAAGACGGCGCUCUAGAGCGCUCCCGUUGGUCAUGUGGUUUAGGCUAGGGCUGGGCAUUAGCUUAAGUUGCGUUUAUAGUUUAGUUUGUAAUAUUUUAUCAAAUAAAAUAUGGCAUUAACAUAGA